AUUUGUGGAAGUUGGCUGGCGUGAAAUGUGACUUUCAAUGGAAACUCCCUCUUAUCUGUUGUGAGUUUUGCAAGUUUAUGGUCAGGAGACAGAUGAGCUACACCUCUUAAAAACGGGAACAUUUCAUCUGAGCUGGCCAUAAAAUACAUCGAAAAUGCGGGACCGGACCAAAGAACUGGGCAAUACUGCUGAUGCCUCAGAUGAAGAUGAAGAAACCGUAGCUCUAAUGAUAAAGCCUGGAUCUGGAACCUCAGCAAAUGAAGACAAAGAAAAUGAAGCUUUCUUUAAAAAGGUUCAGGAGAUUCGAGAGGGACUUGAAACUCUUAAGAGAAAGGUUUCCGAAUUGGAGAACAAGCAGAAAACAGUGCUAGGAGUUGCACUUCCAGAGGACAGUAUGAAAAAGGAACUGCAGUCACUCAGAGAAGACAUCAAAGGGAUGGCCAGCCAGAUCCAAAAGAAAUUAAAAAGUCUUGAACCUAAGAAAUUGGAAGUUGAAGAAAAAUAUAUCCCAGUGAAUGUAAGAAUGAGGAGAACUCAGCAUGGUGUUUUGUCCCGUGAAUUCCUGGAACUGAUGGGUCGCUGUAAUACAAUUCAAGCCCAAUACAGAGACCGAAAUGUGGAGAGGAUUAAAAGACAACUCAAAAUCACUGGAAACAGUGUGUCAGAUGACGAGCUUGAAACUAUGCUUGAAAGUGGACAAACAGAUGUUUUCACACAAAAUAUUUUGAAUGAUGCAAAAGCUACCAGACAAGCUUUAAAUGAGAUCGAGUCACGACACGAUGAGAUCAUCAAACUGGAGAGAAGCAUCAAAGAGCUACAUGACAUGUUUCAGUACCUUGCAAUGGAGGUGGAAGCACAGGGUGAGAUGGUGGACCGAAUUGAGUCGAACAUUAAAAUGUCCCAUGACUAUGUGGAAAAGGCGGUUGCAGAAACAGAGGCUGCUGUAAAAACAUCAAAAAAAGUGCAGAAGAAAAAGAUAUAUAUUGCAGUGUGCCUUGCUGUUUUACUUCUUAUAAUAGCCAUUUGCCUGGCUAUCAGUUUCUCUUGACUUUUCUACCCACCAAGCACUGGGUUUUGUUCUCUAAAAUGUUCUCCUGAAGUCCCUUUGCCUUCAAACAUGCCCAUGUGUUCACAUGACCUUUAUUGGUGACUCUUUUUUUUUUAUGGUAGCUACAUUUUCUGGAGUUUUUAAGUGUUAAUCUGUUGUUUUAGGCUGCUUUGUCCUGCAAAGGACAUGUUUUUCAUGAAAAUAUUAGCUGCACUGCUUGGAAAUUUUAAAAAGUUACAUGGUAAAAACCUUUUGUAUUACAUCAUUACUAUAUAGACUGGAUUUAAAACUUGGUGGACUUUAUUUGGCAGAAUUCAACACUAAAGCAUGAUCUCAUGUGGGUAGAUUAAGUAAAAAAGAAAAUGCUAAUGAGAUUCCUAAUAUAUAAAACCUUUUUUUGGAGACAAGUUCGAGCUCAAGAGGGAUGGCCUAUUCAUAUUUGCCCUAAUAUGUUUAUAAGAUGUCUUUUGUUUUGUGUGUUUGUGAUUUAUGCCAUUUCACACUUGGAAUCCAAUAAAAAUGGCAAAAAUAGGUCAUCUGUGUAUAUAUAAUAAACUAAUUUUAUACUCUGCUUUGAAUUUUAGUAACUACCAUUCAGAAUACUGCUUCUCAUCAUGAUGUUGCAUUCACUUGUGUAUUUUACCUCGUUUUGUGCUCUGUCCAAGUUAAGACAUGCAUUUUUAAGAAAUGCUUAUGUACAGUUAUUUGUUCAGUGCCUCAGUCUUGGUGCCUUUUCUUGACCAACAGUUAAAGUCACCAAUAGUGCAGUUUAUCUGCUUUCACUGAGGACUAACUGCCACAUUUCAGUCAUUCUGGUGUAAAAUUGUCUUUUUUUUAAAAUAAAGUACAUAUUAUAUA